GAGCAGGCGGCCGAGGAGGCCACGGUGCAGCGGGACAGCGACUGCGAGCGGAAGCCGCCCGCGCCGCCCGCCCCCGCCAGGCGCGAGGACAGGCGCGAGCCGUCGCCGAACACCUUGCGGUAGGAGGAGGCGGCGCACAGAGUUCAGCUUACAAUUAACAUAAAAUGACAACCUCUUGGAGUGAUCGGUUACAGAAUGCAGCAGAUAUGCCUGCUAACAUGGAUAAACAUGCCCUGAAAAAGUAUCGUCGGGAAGCCUAUCAUCGGGUAUUUGUGAACCGAAGUUUAGCCAUGGAAAAAAUUAAGUGUUUUGGUUUUGAUAUGGAUUACACACUUGCUGUGUACAAGUCUCCGGAGUAUGAGUCCCUUGGCUUCGAGCUCACCGUGGAGAGGCUGGUUUCUAUUGGCUAUCCCCAGGAGCUGCUCAGCUUUGCUUAUGAUUCGACGUUCCCUACCAGGGGACUUGUCUUUGACACACUGUAUGGAAAUCUUUUGAAAGUUGAUGCCUAUGGGAACCUUUUGGUGUGUGCACAUGGAUUUAACUUCAUAAGGGGACCGGAAACUAGAGAGCAAUAUCCAAAUAAAUUUAUCCAACGAGAUGAUACUGAAAGAUUUUACAUUCUGAAUACACUGUUCAACCUACCAGAGACCUACCUGUUGGCCUGCCUAGUAGAUUUUUUUACUAAUUGUCCCAGGUAUACCAGCUGUGAAACAGGAUUCAAAGAUGGGGACCUCUUCAUGUCAUACCGAAGCAUGUUCCAGGACGUGAGAGACGCAGUUGACUGGGUGCAUUACAAGGGCUCUCUUAAGGAAAAGACGGUUGAAAAUCUUGAGAAGUAUGUAGUCAAAGAUGGGAAACUACCUUUGCUUCUGAGCCGCAUGAAGGAAGUCGGGAAGGUAUUUCUUGCCACCAACAGUGAUUAUAAGUAUACAGAUAAAAUUAUGACUUACCUGUUUGAUUUUCCACAUGGCCCCAAGCCCGGGAGCUCCCAUCGGCCAUGGCAGUCCUACUUUGACCUGAUCCUGGUGGAUGCACGGAAACCGCUCUUUUUCGGAGAGGGCACGGUGCUGCGGCAGGUGGACACUAAAACUGGCAAGUUGAAAAUUGGUACCUAUACAGGCCCCUUACAGCACGGCAUCGUCUACUCGGGAGGUUCCUCUGAUACCAUCUGUGACCUGUUGGGAGCCAAGGGCAAGGACAUUUUGUACAUUGGAGACCACAUUUUUGGGGACAUUUUAAAAUCAAAGAAACGGCAAGGCUGGCGAACUUUCCUGGUGAUUCCUGAACUUGCACAGGAGCUGCAUGUCUGGACUGACAAGAGCUCGCUUUUUGAAGAACUUCAGAGCUUGGAUAUCUUCUUGGCUGAACUCUACAAGCACCUCGACAGCAGCAGCAACGAGCGCCCCGAUAUCAGCUCCAUCCAGAGACGCAUCAAGAAAGUGACGCAUGACAUGGACAUGUGCUACGGCAUGAUGGGAAGCCUGUUCCGCAGUGGCUCCCGGCAGACGCUCUUCGCCAGCCAGGUGAUGCGCUAUGCUGACCUGUACGCGGCGUCCUUCAUCAACCUGCUCUACUACCCGUUCAGCUACCUCUUCCGGGCCGCGCACGUCCUGAUGCCGCAUGAGUCGACAGUGGAGCACACGCACGUGGACAUCAACGAGAUGGAGUCGCCGCUGGCCACCCGCAACCGCACGUCGGUGGAUUUCAAGGACACCGACUACAAGAGGCACCAGUUGACACGGUCGAUCAGUGAGAUCAAACCUCCCAACCUCUUCCCUCUGGCCCCCCAGGAAAUCACUCACUGCCACGAUGAAGAUGAUGAUGAAGAGGAGGAAGAGGAAGAAGAGUAAAAGCGGAAAACCAUCACUGAGCACCCAUUAAAUAAGUUCUGGCAGGACUCGGGAGCAAAGGAUGCCCCCUUCGGGUUCUAGCCGGGGUAGUGGGGCGCUCUGUCAAAAGUACACCUGGACAUUCUCUGAGGGCUUUCACCUGUCCUCAUCCCUAGGGAGAUCCUUGUUUUAGUUCUGUUUCUGCACUCUGCAGACAGCUCCACUUUACAUGGAGCCUGUGUCGGAAGAAAGCGGGAGCCGCACCGGCCUGUUACUCUCUUGUUUCCUCAUCAGUAUCUGACGGUGGCUCGGGACACGCUGUGGGCGACGGUGGCAGAGGGGACCCACGUGCUGUUACCUUAGAAACUUCCCUCCCACCACGCCCCGCACUGUCCUGUCUCAUUGGAGAGGCAUCGUUCUCCCAUGAGUGGACACGGUCUUCAUUUAAGGUCACAGUCCCUUCCUCACGUCUCUAAGUGGCCUCGUGACUGUUCACAGCGGCUUUGCAGAAGUGUCUCCUCCUCGCUUUGGGACUGAUCUGGAAUCGUCAGCAGCAGCUUCAUUUGGAGACGUCUUCACUUCUACAUUUCUCUUAGUAGCAAAAAUGCUUGUUAUACCAAAACCAAAAAAAGUCGGUCUUCUUAGCUGAACCUCUAGAAGGAAUUUCACUGCAAGGACAGAGGAGCAACCCCCGCCCCCAGAUGCAGCCCGGCCUCGGGCAACCGGGCAGCAGGCACGUCUGGCACGGGCUGGGCUUUCCUCUUCACCUCGUCCAGCCUCCUGAGGGCUGGUCACUGUUUCCAAACUUGAAUAUUCGAGAAAGAAAGCAUCGUAAGCCAAAACUUGCCUAAAGUCGAGGGCACAAUCAGUGUGAAUAAAUUCACUUCAGACUCCCGAGUGAAAUCACUUCUUGUUUGAACAAGAAUGUAUCAUUACUAUAUAUACUUGCGGGUAUAUUAUAAUUGCCUCACAAGUUCCGUGAAAGUUGUUAAAACAUUUUUAACGGUGGCGUAGACAUUUAACAUCAUAGAUUUCUUCUGUUCUUCAUGUCAUUCGUCAACAUGAGAGGGUAGAUUAGUUGCUCAAUAAAGUAUAACAUUUCUAAUA